AUGCCUCUACCGCUCGGGAAACCCGUCAAAUCGCGCGCCGAUGUCUCCGACGACGAAGAUGGCUACGAAGAGUACUCGGGAGACGAUUCAUCUGCAUCCAUCAUCGAGACUGGCGGCGAUGAAGUUGACAUUCUGAGCUCUUCCGAUGACGAUGCAGACGAAGAUGUGAAGGACAAGCUGAACAACAUCUCGUUCGGAACAUUAUCGAGAGCGCAGGAGUCUAUAUCCAAGAAGCGCAAGAGAGCUUCAGAUGACGAUGACGAGAAAGAGGACAAGCUAGAGGCUCUCCGCGCCCGUCUACGAGAAUUGAGAGAAUCUAAAGGCGUUGAUCCUGCUCCCAAGAAGAACAAGAAAGAAGCAGUCAAAUCUACCACCAAACCCGCUGCAAAGAAGUCACGGACAACAAAGGACGCCAGCGACGAUAGCGCUUCAGAUGCCAGCGAUAGCGACUCGGACGACGAUGGUCCUCCCCAAGCCCGUAGCUCUAAACACGCCCCCAUGGCACAAGCAUCCAACAGACAAGUCACCCGCAAACGCCAGGUCAUUGAUGUGCCCAAGCGACAAGUCCGUGAUCCUCGUUUCGGCCCAUUAGGCCGCCCUGUAGACGAUGCCGCCCUGGCAAAGAAGUACUCUUUCAUCAACGAAUACCAGGAUUCAGAAAUGGCCGAGCUUAAGGCUGCCAUCAAGAAAUCCAAGAACGAAGACGACAAGGCAGUGCUCAAGCGCAAAUUGCUUAGCAUGGAGAGCAAGAAGAAGGCACGCGAGAACAAAGAAAGAGAACAGGAAGUAAUACGCGAGCACCGCAAGAAGGAGAAGGAAGCCAUCGCACAGGGCAAGAACCCCUUCUACCUGAAGAAGUCGGAACAGAAGAAGCAGGCCUUGGUCAACAAGUUCGACAGCAUGAAGUCCAAGGACAGAGAAAGACUCAUCGAGAGACGCAGAAAGAAGGUCUCGCAAAAGGAGAAGAAGAACAUGCCUGCCCCCAGACGCAUGUAA